AUGGUCUCCUGGGUCAAACACUUACGGUAUGAGAAUCCAGCAGGAGGAGACAUCGAUUUCGACAAGUCCACUGCACUCCGGUACCAGCUCUGCUGGGGUCACCCGUGCUUGGCCGACCCAACUGCGGCUGCUAGCCUCGAUAUGGAGUGGAUGAGGCGAGGUGUCCCCAUUGGUCCACCCCUCCGGCCCACACCAGAGGUCCCCCGAGCACCGGAGAUGCCCUCCAUCGGGCCAUACGAGUACAUCAUCGGGAAGCCCCUACAGGAGUAA